GCCACACAAUUCGUCUCUCACUCAUCUCCUUUUUUCUUUUUUGGCAAGGCUCUCUUCUUCCCCUUUCAACAAAGAUUCAAAGUAGGGUUUCACCCUCUCUGCCUUAUGAAACCUCAAACAAGCAUACCCACCAUCUAGGUGUGAUUUGCUCGUUUUGAGAUCAAGACCUUAUCUCUGAUUCUCUUCCUUCUCAACCAACAGAUUUGAACUGGUGUCACUUCCCAAAACCAUUUGUUCUGGAUCCAUAGAUGACCAAGCCCUCUCUUCAUGCUCUUCCUCUUCGAUUUCCCUGUUCUUGGUUUGAAGAUAUUUUUUUUCGAAUCAGACUAGCGGUCUGUUGAGAUCAAGGAAGCUUUGGUGGUCUGUUAGUGGUGGAGUGGCGUAUCUGGAUUUGUUGUAUCAUUCUCCGACGCCGACGGUUGUUUGGAUAUACUCGGUGGUGCAGGUAGAUGUUAAUAAAGCUAUAAAGAGGAUGUAUGGAAUCCAAAGAAGAAGGAUUUUUAGCAAAGAAAAGCUGCCCAGAAACAUAGUGCAAGAUGUUGAUGAGUUACUUGGCAUGAUGGUUGAAGACCACAAGCGGUUGCAGCCUAAUGUGAAAACCUAUGCUACAUCAGUCCUUGGAGUUUUAAGACAGACCCAAAUUCCACAGCGAGCUAGGAUUUUGAGCAGAAAGUAUCAAACACUGGUGAGCUCAAGGGUUGAACCUUUGCAAGAGGAAGCCGAACUUGGACAUGAGAUUGAUUACAUGGCCAGGUACAUUGCAGAGGGAGGGCUUACUGGUGAACGCAAGCGAUGGGUGCCUCGAAGAGGGAAAACUUCACAGAAACAUGUAGUUGUAGCUGGGUCAAAUUGUACAGUAUAUCUACAGAAAUACGUAGUUGUAGCUGGGUCAAAUUGUUUUUUUUUUUUAAUACAUCCCCAAGUUUUGCCACUGAUGUUGGUGGCAUUGAGAACACACUGAUACAAUAACAAUGGGAGAGAAAAAGGUUA